AUGGAGAUGACAAAUGCAACAGAAGAUGAAGAAGAAACGAUCUCCCAAGCGGUGCUGCGGCAGUUUGGGCUUCUCCCCAAACGCGGCAAGCCCACCCAACGCCAAUGGACGGUUCUGGCAGGGGUGGUGAUGCGCGGACAUAGCGCUGUGGGCGGAGAUGGCCAUGAUGCGGUUGUGGCGCUGGGUACCGGCAACAAGUGCAGCUCGCCGAGCAAGAUGAGCGACCAAGGAGACGUCAUUAACGACACGCAUGCCGAGAUCAUCGCCCGACGAGCUUUCGUGAGGUUCCUGUGGCACGAGCUGAGCAAGUACGUGGCGGGGGACAACCCGACCAUAUUCGAAAGGGCCACCACCACCUCCACCACCACCGUAACGAACGGUGAGGGCCAGCCCAUGUGCGGCGCCGGACUGUUCCCGGCCCGCGUGGCGCCGCACAUUACCUUCCACAUGUACAUCAGCCACGCACCCUGUACGACCCCUUCCACGCGCCAAGGCGGCGAUGCAUCCCUCUCCCUCGCCAGUGACGCACCUGAGUCGUCAUUACCUCCGCCGUCAUCGUCGUCGUCAUCGUCGUCAUCGUCAUCGUCAUCGUCAUCGUCAUCGUCAUCGUCGUUAGCGUCAGCAUCGCCAAAGCCGUCUGUGGCAUGUGGGCAGAAACGAGCUAGAGAAGAGGACGCCGGCCCAAGCACGGAGGAAGAAGGCAAGGAAUCGCCGCCGUCGCCAACAAACAAGAGAGCGAAGCUGGAGGCCGGUAGCGAGGCGCUGCAGGAGGAAGAGGCCCCUACCGACACGCAGCCCGCAGACAAUGGCGCGCCUACGCGUAUACAGCGGACAGGCGCCAAGCCCGUCAUUCGCGCACCCUCGGAGGUAGGUCAAACCCGGCACUGGACUGCGCCAGCGGCGCAACUGACUGCUGAGCCCGCCGCGCCCAGGAGGAGGUCUCUGGGGCUGGGCGCCCUUCGGACCAAGCCAGGCCGCGGCGAACCCACGCUGUCCAUGUCCGAUAAGAUCGCGCGAUGGAAUGUUCUGGGCGUGCAGGGCGCGCUGCUGUCGCACUUCAUCGAGCCCGUCUACUUUGCUUCGUUCACCGUGGGCGAGCACUUUGAACCCGACUCCCUCCGGCGAGGCCUCUUCGGUCGCCUUGCCCCUACCACCGCCGCCGGCUACCGAUUUCACGAGCCGGCCAUCAGGAAGGCUGCCACGACGUUCGAGUUCAGCCGAUCCCACAUCGUGAAGACAGCCGGCGAGGGCCUCCAGUCGUCUCCCACCUCGAUCAAUUGGAGUUACGAAGAUGAAGACGACAGCGAGGUCGUGCUGGCCACGCUUGGCAAGAAGCAGGGCGCCAACAAGAAGAACUGGGACAACCCCAAAGUCAGGUCUCGUCUGUGCAAGUCAGCUCUGUUUUCCCACUUUUGGUUGGUUGUGCGAAGCCUCGAGCUCUCUGCGCUGCCCAGCAGCGUGUCUGGGCUGACUGCUGCCAAGAACAGGGAGGAGGACGGGGCCAACGAAGUGUCAUACCAUGCCUGCAAGCAUGGUGCACUUGUGUACAGCACAGGACGGGCUCUUUUGCUGGGCCUGCCCUCCUUUCAAGGGUGGAUCACCAACAACCCACAGUGGGAGCACUUUGUGCUGCCCUCCCCCAAGCAAUAA